GCUGGAUGCCUCUGGGCCAUGGCAGCCGCCUGCUGCCCGCUGCCCGCUCUGCUGCUGCUGCUCGAGCUGCCCUGGCUGGAAGCAUGUAAGCAGCCAGUGGGGCUGCCCCGCAUCGUGGGGGGCAGCGAUGCUAAGAAUGGGUCCUGGCCCUGGCAGGUCAGCCUCCGCGACGGCAGCAAGCACAUCUGCGGAGGGUCCCUCAUCGCUGAGAGCUGGGUGGUGGCGGCAGCUCAUUGCUUCAAGAAAGACAAAUCUGCCUACAUGGUGAACCUGGGGGAGUAUCAGCUCCUGAACCCCUCUGAGAGUGUGCGAUCCUCUUCCAUCAAGAAUAUCUACAUCCACCCCAGCUACACCGAUCUCGGCUCCAGCGGGGACAUCGCCCUGGUUGAGCUGGGAACCCCUGUGAGCUUCAGCCGCGUUAUCUUCCCCGUGUGCCUUCCGGCCUCCUCGGUGGAGUUCCCCACCUGCCUGCCGUGCUGGGUGACCGGCUGGGGGGACACGCAGCAGCGGGGGGCUGGCGGGAUGGGGGGAAUUAACGGGGCAGGAGGCUCUCGAGGUGCCCUGGCUGGGGGGAGGAAAACAGCCACGGAGAAUGACGUGGGGAGCUGA